AUGUCCACCGAACGUCGACUUUCAGAUUUACGUAAUUUAGUCAGUGGCCUUUAUACAUUAGGAGCAACAAUUGGUACAGGUCAUUUUGCUGUUGUAAAACUUGCUCGACAUGUUUUUACACAAAAAGAAGUUGCAGUUAAAGUUAUUGAUAAAACAAAACUUGAUGAUAUAUCAAAAGCUCAUUUAUUUCAAGAAGUUAUGUGUAUGAAAUUAGUUCAACAUCCAAAUGUUGUUCGUUUAUAUGAAGUUAUUGAUACACCAAAUAAACUUUAUCUUAUUUUGGAAUUUGGUGAUGGUGGUGAUAUGUAUGAUUAUAUUAUGAAACAUGCUAAUGGUCUUAAUGAAUCGACAGCUCGUAGAUAUUUCCGACAAAUAUGUCGAGCACUUAAAUAUUGUCAUGAAAUGCAUGUGUGUCAUCGUGAUCUAAAACCUGAAAAUUUGGUAUUUUUUGAAAAACAAGGUGUUGUUAAAUUAACUGAUUUUGGUAAGAAUAUUUUAUGUCAUCUACAAGAGAAAACAAAAAUUUCAUUAUUUAUUAAAGGUUUUUCCAAUCAAUUUUCACCUGGUAAAAAAUUGCUAACUAGUUGUGGAUCUCUUGCAUAUUCAGCGCCAGAAAUAUUACUUGGUGAUCCAUAUGAUGCACCAGCCAUUGAUAUAUGGAGUUUAGGUGUAAUAUUAUUUAUGCUUGUUACUGGCCGAGCACCAUUCCAAGAAGCUAAUGAUUCCGAAACAGUAAUGAUGAUUUUAGAUUGUUGUUAUAAACUUCCACCACAUAUUUCAUCAGAAUGUCAAAAUUUAAUUCAUCGAAUGAUUGUACGUGAACCUGAAAAACGUUCAACAUUAGAUGAAGUUAUGUCUGAUAUAUGGUAUCGUCAAUGUGACGAUGAUAAUGAUGAUGUUGAAGAUCAACAUUAUGUUGAUUCAUUACCAUUAAUAUCACAUAAAACAAUAUCACAAGAUGAUCAUGAAUCAAUUCUUCAACAAAUGUCCGAGGGAAAUAUAGCUGAACGUGAUGCAAUUUUACACGCAUUAAAUGAAGAUCAAUAUAAUCAUAUAACAGCAACAUAUUAUUUGCUGGCAGAAAAAAUUUUAAAUGAUCGUCUAUAUGAAAAAACCGAUGAUAAUGAACGCAAUGCAAAACGACAACGACGUUUACAACCAGCUAGUGAUCCAUUUACAGAGCAAAUUGGAGUUUUUAUGUCAUCCGCAUCAUCAAAUGCGGGGAAAGAAAAUAUACCACCAGUAUUGACAACACCACGACAUUCAAUUGAUUCUUCAAGUGAACAAACUUUACCAGCUGUACUUGAAGAUGAUGAAGAACGACCAUCAUUGCAACAACGUUCAACAAAUCCAACUACACCAACACCAACUCAAGCUAUGAGAAUUAUUCUUGAAGAAGAUGAAAAUUCUGAAUCACCACCAACUGAUCAAACUGCUGCAGGAAUUCAACAAUUAGGAAAUCUUUCAAAACUGAAUAAAAUAGUUGAAAGUGAAGAAGAGGAUAAUGAAGAUAUUGAAGAUGAUGAUAAUCUUUCAACACCAAAUACAACUAUAUUUAUUAGUCAUGUUGGUUCAACAACUGUUGAUAGUUCAACAAUAACAAGUGGUGUACUUCGUUCAAAAGAUUUACGUUCGGUUGUUGAAACUAAACGUCGAAAUUUUUCUCGUAGUCGUUCUAAUUCUGAUAGUGAAGAUAAUGGAACUACUAAUGAUCUAAAUCGUUCAUCAAAUCGUAAACAACCUGGACGUUCACCAACACGACCAAGUUCAUUUCAAGAAUCUGUUGAAGCUUUAACUGGUGAUGGAACCAAUCAACAACAACAGAUGAUUUCAAAUAGUAAUAUAAGUGAAAAUACAAAACGUCGAAGUUUUUCACGUGCUGGUUCAAUAGCAUCAAAUAAUCGUUUAAUAUUAAAUGGUACAAAUGAUGAACAAAUAAAUAAUGAAAUAUCAGCAACAACAAGUUUAACAUUAAUGAAUGAUCGUGCACGUAGUUUAUCAACUGAACAUCGUCUUGCUAAUCCAUCACAAAUGUCCAUAGCAUCUCGAACAUCAAUACGUUAUUCAACACCACGUGAAUCAACUGUAUUUACAAAAACUGAUGCACCACCUGUUGUACGUUUAUUACAACAAACUCAACAUCAUGAUACAACAGAUGCAAUUAAAACUAUAAUUGAACAUCAACGUUUACAACAAACACCAUCACAUCAUGAACAUAUACAAACACCAAUUAUUGUUGAAGAAGAUAUAUCACCACCAUUAAUAUCAUCAUCAAAUAUAAAUAUAAAAUCACCCGCAGGAAAAAAAUCAAGUAAUGGUUUAACUAAAUCUAAUGUUAUUGUACCAACAACAGAUAAUAUAAACCAACCAAAUGGUCAUAUUAAUCCAAUGUUGUCAUCAGCAACAUCAUCACAACAUUCAGUAUUAUCAACACUUAAAUAUUCAUUACUUAAACAUCAACAACAACAAAAAUCUAAUACGGAUAGUAUAAUUAAUAUUGAAGAUACACGGAAACCUCAUCAACAUACAUCAGAGAAAAAUCGAGUGUGUUGCACAAUUAUUUAA